GGACAAGAAGGGAAGAGUGCACAUCCUGCAGAUAACUUUGGAUGGAACAUAACCUAGCCAUCCACCUUCAAUAUCAGCGGACGUGCCUUAUCUCUUCAAUUUGAAAUGGUCAAUAAACUCAAGACUGAAAGAUGUUAUCCAACAGUUUCAGAAGCAUCUUGAGAAGCUUCAGGACUUUUGGAAUCUAAUGGAUGACAUUGACCGCUCUCUUUUGGUUUCUGAUAUACGAUAUCCUUAGCGUGCUUUGUCAGAUCGCCAACAUAAUAUAAGUAAUGACUGCUACAUCAUAUUGUCUAUAGAUGCUAAUGAUCCGACAUCCAUACCAGACUGUCGCUUUCUUGGUUCAGAUUCAGGAGAGGAGAGAUUGAGGGAGAUGUGGAGGAAAAACUGCAAAAGAUGGAAAAAAGAUUAAGGGAUUGGGGCUGGUUGGUAAUGAUCGUUUUAACUUUCUCUUUCGAAAGGUAGAGGAGGUUCUAUUGGCUAUCAUGCCCGUAGGAAAUCUGCCCCUUAAAAUUACCAAGUCAUUUUUAAGGUAAAUGAUGUA